UAGUUCGACGAGCCUCCACCAAGAGCGCUGAAACUAUAGGGACAGGCACUCUGGGAGAGACUCUCUGUACUAUAUUCUGGCUCGGUGUGAACACACCUCUGCCUCUGGGCUCGCCGUCUUGUGCGCCAUUGUGCUUUCCAAACGACAUUUUAGCCGAGUGACGGUGAGACGUAUUUACGUCUCGGGCGGUAAUUGCAAUGGUGAGACGAUACGAUGUGAACAUCGCCUAUCUUCUAUCCCAGGACUGGUGCCAAGUAUGUGGUAUUCGCUAUUUAGAGCAUUCUGGAUUCGGGACCGCUUCCCUUUCUCUUUCAGACUUUUAUCAAUUGAUGAAAGAAAAUGGAUUUAUACCACACCGUCAGUUCUAUUUUCCGUUUGAGUACAAGGCAUGGUCAAACCAAAAAAAGAAACGACAAAAGGCAGGAAAAUCAAAAUCAAAAUACGGCGGAGCAGGAAGAGGUCAAGCAGGAACAUCCAAGAAUGCUGCUAAAAAAGGAAAAUAUGAAGAAUACUGUCCUUUUCGCAAAUAUUUAGAAGGAAAGUAAAACAUAAAAUAAGCAUGGUAAGACCAUAAGCACUUGAUACUUUUCAAAGAAUGGUGCUUUCCAUUUGUGUAAGAUUGAAACUUGGCUAAAUAAAGUCUUUUGUCUUCAUGAAUGCUAUCAAUGACAACCCCUUCUUUUUCAAACAUUUGGAAUAACAACUAUUCAACAGUAAUAAACCAAUUUAUUCAAAAAUUCUAUAAUUAAAAACAGUCAAUAUUAUGUUGUUUCUGUAAAAUUUACUUCACUCUAAUUUAUGGACAAUUUGUUUUGUAAGACUUUUUCACCUACCGAAUGAAAUAAAAUUAAUAAAUGAAGUUCUCAACCUAUUGCUUCAUACAUA